AUGAUAACUGUUGAAAAUAAUAUUGGUCAUCAGGGUACCGAAUUGCAACAGAAAUAUUUUCUUAUUACAUCGGAUAAUGCAAUAGCUGUGUAUGGUGUAACAUUGGUAGUGAGUAGAGAUUAUUUAUCGCUGGCAGGGUUAUACACGACAACAAUUUCAGAUGCAUUUUUAGUCUACCCUAUAGAUACUUUGGGAAAAGACUACUAUAUUGCGUCUUGGAGUGGAGAAUCGUCGUUUCUGAUAACUGCAACACAAAACAACACGGCAAUAAAUAUACAAAUAGCAUCGGAUAGCCAAGCAACGAUAAACUUCAGAGGAGUAUUGUACUCAAAUGGUUCUUCUCUUUCGUUAAUAAUGAAUAAGUUUGACACAUUCAGUGCAUUUACACAAGAGGAUUACACAGGAACCCAUAUUUCUGCCGAUAAACCGAUUGCAGUGUUUAGCGGAGGUGCACACGAAGAACGAUAUACUAUUGAUAUAAUGUAUGAGCAAAUGAUACCAACUAUGUACUGGGGAACAGACUUUGUAACAGUUGGAAAACCUCAGUGUACAACAGAAAAUAUAUAUAGAAUUAUCGCUUGCGAACUUAAUACACAAAUUGAAAUAGCAGGUAUUCAACAGGUAACACUAAACAAAGCUGGGAAUUUUUAUGAGUUUACAGCAAAUAACAACUUAUAUAUACACACUACAAAGCCAACAGCUCUUGUAUUUUACACAGAUAUGUGUAGCUCUUUUAUCGGAGAUGCAUCUAUGGUACUCCUUCCACCUAUCACUAGUUUUGACAGCGCAACAUAUUUUCCAACAACUUUAAACAAAUAUUAUCAUCUAUAUGCCUACACGAGCUUUAUGACUAUUGUUAUAAAAGCUGACGAAAACGGUGGCCUUUUCCUUGAUGACAACCUAUUAGUCACCAGUUGGCAAAAUAUAAAUGGAAACAGCGAUUUGAAAUUAGCAAUAGUAAAAGCCUCUAAGGACCAACACAAAUUAAGUCACAGUAACCCUAACGUUUCGUUUCUUACUGUCAUAACCGGUCGAACAGAAGAACGAAUCCAUAAUGAAUUUGCUGGAUCAACAACUAUUACAUUUAUAACAGGAUCAAAGCUUACGGAGAAAAAUGAUACUCAGUCUGAUUCAACAGGUAAAUAUAUCUAA